UAGUACUAGAGCCGAUUUACGCAAUCGAAUACCGCCGGAAGUAGAACAUUUAUGUCAACACCGGUUUUGUAUUUUCACGUGAAAUCGGCCGAAAACUGAGAGGUUAUCAACAAAUUAUAAGUUUACGGGUACCAUGAGGAUUUUUCAUGCAUUUAAACGACAGAAGUACAAGCGAACAGAUGACACAUUAAAGUGGCUGCAGAAGCUUGAAAAGUUAGAUAGAGCAGGGACAGUCAAAACUGUGGGAUAAUACUUCUAUGUAUUUUCUUUUUAAAGGCAAUUUAUACAGGAUGGAAGGGGUGUCCAGCAUGUCUAGUCAGGUUGACAGAAGUGAAAGAUGGUCUGAUGGUACAAUGAUGUACAAAUAAUACUCUUUAACAACUUUAACAUAUCAAAGUGUAAAAUGUUCUGUGGAUUCAUAUGAUGAGAAUGCCAAUGUUGAUCUGUAUGACUUAAUUAAACACAGAUAUUUAUACCUUCAGAUAUAUACCUGUGAAAUCUUCAGUGUCAGCGUUCGGCUAUUGUUCAAGAUCAGUGUCUGCAGCUUGCACAGUUUAGUAUAGAAGAAGCUUCUGAAUCAAUUUUGUUACAUAUUUGCUGUUAUUGUAGGACGCACAUGUAGAGAGCAACAAGUCCUGUCCAACUGUGCAUGUAAAUGUGAUUCAGAAACUUUGAGAAUAUGUAAACAUUACACUGUUAUAAUUUACAAAAUACUGUGUCUUGUAGUGUAUCAGUACUGUUUUGUCUCAGUUUAUAGCACAGUAUGUUCACAAAUCAAACUUAAGAUCAUAGUUAUCAAUAUUAUUAAAAUCAUUAAUUAUUUGUAUGGUGACAAAAUUUAAUUUCAUGCAAUACCACAGUAAAACGUUUGAUAAUUUUCGUUUUUAAAGUUGUAAGUUUAAAGUUGGCAUAAAUUGUUUUUCUCCUUCAUUAAUCUAAAAAGUGAUUGGUCAUUAUAAUUGCAGUAUCAUUUUAGUGUGACAAAGUUUAUAUUGAACCGAAACGCUAAUGUAAAUUUUUGAACUAUUCAAUGCAUUUUCUUCAGUCUUAAAACAUAUGUUUAUCGUACAUGUCAUGGCCCAUAACUCCUCCAUAUUACUUGUGUUUUGUCCUUUUUCGUUUCACUGAAGGAUAGGUAGAAGUAUUGCACAUCCAUUUUUUAGCAUCCUGAUUUUGUAAAGUGUUGUAUGUAAGGUUUUAUCUCGGAAUUAUGUCUCAUCUAAAGGUGGGGAGAGGUAUUGUUUAUGCUUUCUCGUCUAUCCGCAUUAAGCCUGUCUGGCUUUAAGAGGACAAGUUGCUGGCCAGAUUUUGAUAAAACUUCACAGGACUGAACAGUACCAAGCAUAGUGUUGUGUAUAUCGAUUGCACGUUUCGUUUCGAUGCACUAAAUUGCAGCCAGAGCUAAAAGUAGAAAAAUCUUGUCGGCUUUCACAGGUCAAAACUACUUAACAGAUUUUGAUGAAACUUCACAGGAGUGAUCAGUAUCAAGUAUAUUUUUGCAUAUCAGCGACACUGUCCAUUUUGCUGCACAAAAUAGUCGCCAUAGCAUAAAGGUAUACAUAGGUGGGAGACAUGUUUUGUCAUAAAAAUACCUAAAACACCUUCCACUUUGUAAAUGAAAAAUGUAUUAAACUUCUUACAAUUGCAAACUGUAAUAAUCUGACAUUAAAUGCACAGUUACAUAACUGCAUUUGGCUUUUUUCAUAAUUAUUGCCCUUUUCUUACCAUAGCAAUAUUUUGUGUAACAUGUUACCUCAUUAAGCAUCAUACGAUCAUAAAGUUCUAUGACUCAGAAAUGUUAGCCCUUUUGUACUUGUCAUGAGUAUGUUUUCAGUAUUUUAUAUUGUCAUUACUUUUUGUUGUGCGAGUUUACGGAAAUGAAGACUUAGUUGUCCAAAUGGUGUGCCUGUGCCUGUCCUGAUUUGUUUGUCUGGACAAUAUAUUAUUAAUUAGUCUUCACGAAACUUUGCAGGUUAAUUUCCUUAAGUUCCCUGUCAACUCUGAUAGUGGCAUGGUUACUUUAAAAGUGAUGUCACCACUGUACUAGUCAAACGUUUUGUAUUUCAGAUUUUAUAUCACAUUACAGGCUACUGGUCUUUAGCAGCCUUCAUAAAACUUAUAAAAAACUCAUGAAAGUUUCCAAUAAUGUUGUAUUUUGAUUUGAACUGGCAUUAUUCGUUAUAAGCGAACAACAACAACAAUGGCGGUCGACGUUUAAAAUUUGAAAUUGUGGCGUGUAAAAUUGCUCUAAAAAGUGGUAAAAUGUGGUAAAUCAGGGUUAUUAUGAACUGAAUGUAACAAUAACGAGUACAUGGUAUAUCACGUAUGUCAACGAAGCAGAAUAGAAAACGUCAGAAGGUCCAAAAAGGUUCAAAUUCAAGUGAUACCGAGGAUCCUGUGAUAACAAUGGCGGCCAGCGCCGAUGUAAACAAUAAAAAAGGAUCGAAAAAGGGAUCAAAACCACCUACCUCGGUACCAAAUAGUGUUCCUCCAGGUGUAAAAACUGUGUCUAAUUCCAAAACCAGUGCUAAUUCUCCACUGAAUUCUACCAUGAGCCCGCAUGCAGCAUCGUUCGUGUUCCCCAUGAGCAGUGUACCCCCGAACCCGUUUGGCGUGAUCCAAUCCCCAUCAAGUAAUCCAACACAACAUUCGAAUCAAGAUCUUUCGUUAAAACUUGACAAUGUUCUUAGCAAAUUAUCCAAACUUGAAACAAUAGAAUCACAACAAACACUGAUUUUAUCAAGACUCACUACCAUAGAGGCAGACAUUGCAACAAAUAGAUCACAAAUAUCUGAAACCAAAUCACAAAUCCAAGACGUUACUAACAGUCAAACAUUCGUAUGUGGUAGAGUUGAUGAUAUGUUGAAAACAACUGACUCGCACGAGAAAAACUUGAAAAAACUACAGGGUGAGCUAAAAGUUUUGACAGAAGAUAAUAAAAAAUUACAUAAACAAAAUAAACAGCUUCAGGAAGAUGUAACUGAUGUCCGUUGCCGUUCUAUGAGAGACAAUUUAGUAAUGUUGGGUAUCUCUGAGCAUCCAUUCUUGUUACAAGAUUCGACUGGCGGUGCACCAUCAGUUCCCCUACACCAACCUUCAGAGCCUUCUGGUGGCAGCAGCAUGGACACUUCAUCUUCAGCAACUGGCAGCCCAGCAACAACCCCUCUCAUAACUACAGGGACUGGGACAGCCGCUACUGCAGGCAGUCCAUCUGUAUCGGAUCCCACCACGGGCUCGUAUGCAGCAGCGGCUGCCCCUGAAGAUUGUGCUGAGAAAGUGUAUGUGUUCUGUGAGAAAAUACUUAAAAUUACAAACGCCAGAUCCCGUAUUCAUAUUAACCGUGCACAUCGUUCACCAACCAACCGAAUCCCAGGAAAGACUAGGCCCAUUAUCUGUAACUUUGACACUGAUUCGAAACAAGUGAUAAAGCAAGCACUCAAAAAUGUGUCUCUCAAAUCUUCAAAUUUUGCAGUCUUUGAUCAGCUUCCAAAAGAUGUUCAAGCCCGCAGGAAAGAACUCGUUCCGAAGAUGGUACAAGCUCGUGCUGACGGACACACGGCCUAUCUCGUCCGAGAUAAGUUGUACAUAAACAAUGUACUUUAUUGUCCUGACCCCGAUCCCUCUUCUACGUAGGACGGGGGAGAAGAGUGUGAACUGACUAUUUUAUCUUGGAAUGUCGAAGGGUUAAAAAACUGUCUUACUGAUAAUGAUUUUAUUGAUUUUGUGUCAAGUUUUGAUUUAAUUUUUUGUAGUGAAACUUGGCAAUGUAAAUCUGAUGUUUUUGAGCUUCAAGGCUACACGACUAUCUCUGUACCUAGACCUGAGAGUAUUUCAGUAAAUCGAAGAAGUUUUAGAGGUCAUGGCGGCGUUUGUUUAUUUGUUAGAGAUAAAAUUUAUCAAGGAAUCAAUGUAUUAGAAAAGGAUGAUAGUGGUUUUAUUUUGAUUAAACUAUCAAAAGGUUUCUUUCAUCUUGAGCAUGAUAUCUGUAUUUGCUUUACCUAUAUACCACCUAACGAUUCUGUAUAUUUUAGAAUGCAUGAUGUUGGUUACUUUGAAGUAUUAGAAAAUUAUGUAAGAAAAUAUAAUGAUUCAUACAGAGUUUGUGUAAUUGGCGAUCUUAAUGCCAGAACAGCAGAUCGUUCAGAUAUUAUUGAAUCGAGUACUUUAUUUGACAGAUAUGUGCAAACUAUUGACACUAACUAUGUGGAGUGCCCAUUUGAUUUAUCUGACAGAAAAAGUGAAGAUCAUGUUUGUAAUGCAUCUGGUUUAAAGCUACUUGAUAUAUGUCGUAGCUCUGAUUUGAAAAUUAUAAAUGGUCGUAAGGGUGACGAUGCUGAUAUUGGCAGGUUUACUUUCCAGUCGACACUUGGUAGAAGUGUAAUAGAUUAUGUAAUAGCAUCUUACCACUUAUUCCCAAUUAUAUCUGAUUUUAUUGUUCAUGACAGUUUUACGUAUUCUGCACAUGUUCCAAUUCAAGUCAACUUUAAAGUUGAAUCUUCCAAUAAAACUGAUAAUGUCAAAUUGGAUAAUGUACAAAAGCUUGUAUGGGAUGUUAACAAAGUAGAUGUUUAUAAUAACAUAUUGUUAAACGAUUGUGACAAAUUGAACGAUAUUGUUUCUCAAAUCACGUCGUCAAAUGUAUCUAUUAGUGAUGGUGUAAAGUCUUUUGCAAACGAACUGUACAAUAUAGCAUAUCAGGUAUUUGGUGUAAAUAAAACUGUGUAUUCAAUAUCGCAUAAUAGAAAGCAUGAAAAUCCGUGGUUCACGGGGGAUUGUUAUACCGCUAAGCAUGAAUUAAACAGGGCAAACAAAAUAUAUCGUAAAACCAGGACAAAUGAAAAUUAUUUUGUGGUUAUCAAUAAACGUAGAUUUUAUAGGAAUGUUCAACGUAAAGCUAAAUAUGCAUAUGCACGUAAGCAAAGGUCUGAGUUACAUAUUGCAUCAAAAAAUAACCCCAAAAAGUUUUGGGAUUUAGUACGUAAAUACAAGAAAAAAUGUAAAAAUAAUUCAAACCUGUCAGCGAAUGACUUUUAUGAGCAUUUUAAGUCUCUAUUUUCUGAUAAUGAUGUCUUUAUGGAUCAAGAUGUUGAAAGUACUAUUAAUGAUGAUACUUUAAAUACCAAUGUUGUAGAAAUGCUAGAUUGUGAUUUUACUAUCGAAGAAGUUGCUAAAGCUAUUGGUACUUUGAAACGCCAAAAAAGUGCGGGGGUGGAUAUGUUAAUUCCUGAAAUAUUUUUAGAUUCGAAACAUAUUUUAGCCCCAUUAUUGUGUAAAUUGUUUAACUUUAUGUAUACUAAUUGUGUUUACCCAGAAAAUUGGACAAAAGGUAUUAUUGUACCUGUACCAAAAAAGGGUGACUUGAACAAUGUUGACAAUUAUCGGGGUAUUAUGUUAACUAGUAUUUUCUCAAAGAUAUUUUCGCAAAUUCUAGACACUAGAGCACGUACUUUUGUUGAAAAUAAUAAUGUUUUAAGUGAUUGCCAGUAUGGAUUCAGGCAGAAACGUAGUACUGUAGAUUGUAUAUAUGUAUUGCAGUCAUUAUUAAAUAGAGUUAUUCGGCAUGAAAAAAGGAGGUUAUAUUGUGCCUUUGUUGAUUUCAAGAAGGCAUUUGACCUAGUUUACAGAAAUGGAAUUUGGUUUAAACUGCUAAAGUAUCAAUUAUCAUCUAAAUUUAUAAACAUGUUGAAAACAAUAUAUCAAUCUGUUAAAUCAUGUGUGCGAUCAAAUGGCAAUAUGUCCAAUUAUUUUGACAGUUACAUGGGUGUUAAACAAGGUGAGACGUUAUCUCCCUUACUGUUUAUAUUGUUUAUUAAUGAUAUUGAAGAAAAUGUCAAAGAUGUUAAUGCUGAUCUAGUAACGCUAGAUGAGAUGCAGAUUUUUAUGCUGCUUUUUUGCAGAUGACACUGUGUUGUUUUCAUAUUCUUUAGCUGGUUUGCAGACGUUGCUUAAUAAAUUACAUGUGUAUUGUUCAAAAUGGAACAUUACUGUUAAUACUUCUAAAACCGUAGCAAUGGUUGCAAACAAGGAAAUAGACUUGAAAACUUCGAUGUAUAUUAUAACAAUGUUAAACUUAAUGUUGUCAAUAAAUUUUGUUAUUUAGGUAUGAUGUUAUCAAGCAACGGAAGGUUUUAUAAUGCUCAGAGAACAUUAUCUGGCCAGGCAUUACAUGCUUUAUUUACACUUAAUUCUUUAUUUGAUGUAGUAUCUAUAGCUGUUUCUGAAAAAUUGAAAUUGUUCGAUGCUAUGAUUUUACCAAUUUUAAACUACGGUUGUGAAAUAUGGGGAUUUCAUAAAGCUCCAGAUAUUGAGAAAGUAUAUAUUAAGUUUCUUAAACAAAUAUUACAUGUUAGACAACAGACAACAAAUGUUACUGUAUAUGCUGAACUUGGAAAAGUCCCCCUUGAUAUUAUCAGAAAAGAGCGUAUUCUUACG